AUGUCCAAUCGUGGUCAUGAGAUACAAGAUUACGUACCACAUGAACCUGUAGAACCCACUGUAGCUACAGGUGCUGGGAUGAUCGCUCGGGCAGAAGAGGAUGAGAAGGUGGAACACAAAGAUCACUACUUGUUCAGGUUUUUGAGAAAAGAAAAGGUUUUGCCGACGAAGAGACUGGCCGGUAUCAUGUUAUCGGUGUUGUUCCUCGUCAUGUUUUUAGCAGGGUGGAAUGAUGCAAGUCAAGGUCCACUGUUGCCUUCUUUGCAGACUUACUAUAAUGUCAACUACCUUGUUAUUUCCACAAUAUGGUUGGCGAACUUUGCUGGAUUCAUGACGUCAGGAAUAACGAAUGUAUUCAUUUCGGACGCCUUUGGAUUCGGUAUAGCAGCUCCAUUUGGUGCUGCCAUGCAAGGGUUAGCAUAUAUAUUGAUUUGCUGGGGAUGUCCUUUCCCUUUGUUUGUGGUGGCAUACGUCUUCAAUGGAUUCGGAUUAGGUUUACAAGAUGCCCAAGUCAAUUCUUUGGUGACGCGCCUAGAAAACAGCUCAACAAAGAUGUUCCUCAUGCACGCAAUGUAUGGCUUCGGAGCGACUAUCUCGCCUUUCGUUUCGACGGCUUUCGUUCAACGUGUUCCAUCAAAAGUAUAUCUGUAUUUCGCGGUAUCGUUAGGAUUGGCUUUGCUCACUGUACUAGCACUGGUGAUUGUAUUUAAGGGAAGGACGGAAAAUCAGGUAGUUGGUAAAAGACAAUUGGAGAUAAGAGUGGACAAAAGUGGAAAUAGCCGAGAAGUCGAUCCAACCCAUGAAGGAGGUGGAAGUGGUGGGAAAAUGAAGAGGAUUCUGAGCACUCCAGUCGUCCAUUUUAUGGCCUUCUUUUUAUUAAUAUAUGUUGGUGUUGAGGUUACUAUUGGGGGUUGGGCGACGACUUUCCUUUUGGACGAAAGAGGUGGAGAUGAUAAUUCAGGCUAUGUCACAUCUGGUUAUUUCGGUGGUCUGACCAUUGGCAGAAUCGUUCUCAUACCCAUGACAAAGAAAUUAGGAAAUUUCAUGGCUGUCUAUAUAUACUCGAUGCUGACAAUCGUAUUACUCAUUAUCGUCUGGUUCACACACACUGUCAUUGGUAACGCAGUUUGCUAUUCUCUAAUCGGAGUAUUCUUGGGUCCAAUGUAUCCAAUAGCCAUGAAUGUUAUAGUAGAUAUAUUACCUGGAGAAUUACAGGGUGGAAGUAUAGGCUGGGUGGCAAGUUUGGGUCAAGCGGGAAGUGCGAUGAUGCCCUUCAUUACGGGUGCUAUCUCUGAUAAGUACGGCGUCUGGAUUCUACAGCCCUUCUCAAUAGCAUUUAUGGGUGCAGAUGUGAUACUAUGGUUCUUAGUACAACGCUCAAGUCAUCAACAUACUAAAAGGAUGAACAAGUAUGCUUCUCGUCAGCCAUCCGAAAGUGAUGCUGCCGUUUCAGGGGAAAAGAGAAGAGAACAGGAUGAAGAUGUUUCAGCACCUAAUACACCGGUGAAGAGCUCGGAAAGUUCGGAUGUCAUGGAGCAGCGAAUACCAUCGAAAACAGAGAUAAAGCAAACAACGUCGGGUUUAUAUGAGAUCAGUGCUUCAUGA